UGUCAUGAGAUAAUCGCCUCCAACGGAAACCAGCUGAGAGAAAGGGUAGAGAAGACAAGAUGGCGGAGUGAGUGGGUUGCGCUUUCCACAGACUGUUGCGACCCUUGAAGUUUGCUGAAAAGGCCCUUCAAGGACUAAAAAGAUUGAAAAAAGCAACAUCGCCAUCGGAUGUUUAAUUGAAAGGACCGUUUUUGCUACUCAACACGGAGGAGGUCCGGACAUUUUUUCCGCGGCGGUCCUUGCGACAGCGUUAGCUUGAUGCUAACGUUAGCCACCGUUAUAUUUCUAUAGCAGCUACGAGGUAGCUGGGUGGUAGUCGAAGGCCGCGAGCUUUUUAGUUUUGGAUGUAUAUACUUCGAUACUGACACGGCUUUCCGUGUUUCUCGGAGGAGGUUUUUAUUUGAACAAAAAUCGAGUGUAGCUAGCUAGCUUAUGAAUAAAGCGAACACUGUCAGGAGAAACUUGCUUGUUCGGUUAUCUGUCGAGACAAACAGCUAACGUCAGUCCAUACUCAUCAGGACUCUGUAUGCUCUGCUGACCAUCGGGCCGCUAGACUGCCACACACAGUUUCCUAACGUGAAUCGGGUGGUCAUCUGGUGGAUAUUAUGGCGAGUAGCAGUGGGUCCAAAGCCGAGUUCAUAGUCGGUGGAAAAUACAAGCUUGUCAGAAAAAUUGGAUCAGGAUCUUUCGGUGACAUAUAUCUGGCCAUCAACAUCACAAAUGGAGAGGAGGUAGCUGUAAAAUUGGAGUCGCAGAAAGCCAGACAUCCUCAGCUGUUAUACGAAAGCAAACUGUACAAAAUCCUACAAGGUGGUGUCGGAAUCCCACACAUCAGGUGGUAUGGCCAAGAGAAGGACUACAAUGUCCUAGUCAUGGACCUGCUUGGACCCAGUCUGGAGGACCUCUUCAACUUCUGCUCUCGCCGCUUCACCAUGAAGACAGUUCUUAUGCUGGCAGACCAGAUGAUCAGCAGAAUUGAGUAUGUACACACAAAGAACUUCAUCCACAGAGACAUCAAACCAGACAACUUUCUCAUGGGCAUCGGCCGUCACUGUAACAAGUGUUUAGACUCGUCAGUGGGGAAGAGGAAAAGAAGCUUGGCUGUUAGCUCUUCUCAGGACCCAUCUUUCUCAGGAUUAAACCAGUUGUUCCUUAUUGACUUUGGUUUGGCGAAGAAGUACCGAGACAACCGAACACGACAGCACAUCCCCUACAGAGAAGACAAGAACCUGACUGGCACAGCACGCUAUGCCUCCAUCAAUGCACACCUGGGCAUUGAACAGAGUCGCCGUGAUGACAUGGAGUCGCUAGGCUAUGUGCUGAUGUACUUCAACAGAACCAGUCUGCCGUGGCAGGGAUUAAAGGCUGCUACAAAGAAGCAGAAGUAUGAGAAGAUCUCAGAGAAGAAGAUGUCCACCCCUGUUGAGGUCCUCUGUAAGGGUUUCCCAGCAGAGUUUGCUAUGUAUCUGAACUACUGCCGUGGCUUACGCUUUGAGGAGGCUCCAGACUACAUGUACCUGCGCCAACUGUUCCGCAUCCUUUUCAGGACUCUGAACCACCAGUAUGACUACACAUUUGACUGGACCAUGCUGAAACAGAAAGCUGCACAGCAGGGGGCCUCUUCCGGGGUCCAGGGCCAGCAGGCACAAACCCCCACAGGCAAGCAAACUGACAAACCCAAGCCUAACAUGAAAGGUUUCUGAGUGGUCUCUGCCCAGAGCAGAGCUGCAGAAGCGUUGGUGACCAGGACCAACACGUCUCUCUUCCUGGACAAGCGACAAACAGAAAGUCUGUGUCUCUCCUUCCAUAAUAACUAUCUAUGUAAUGGAAAUGUAUAGAUUCACACACGCCUUUGUAAGCUGUGUUAUCUAUAUAUUCAUAUGUAAAUAUAAUAAAACUCUGCACUCCGAAAGAAAAGAAGAAUGAGAAAGCAGUUUUUUUUUUUUUUUGGAUGUGGAGGCUGUAGCCCCCUGCCCACACCCCCAGACACACACCCUCCCCCAUCCAUCCCUGUCUGUUCUCCUUUCAGUGUUGACUUUUGGUAAGGUUUCUUUGGAAACUGAAGUUAAGAAGAUAGUCAUCUGACCCUCUUGUUUUUUUUUUGUUUUUUUUUCUCCCAGUGGAAACAUCUCAAAGCAUCUUCUGCCCUCUUCACUCGUCAGUUAUUUCACUCCCCCAUUUACCAAGCAAAUGUUCAAACAUGUAAACCUAAAAUCUGUUCUCCCUUUUUGUUUCUGAAAUAAUUGAAUGAUGCAACCCUGGAUGUUAUUUACUAAAAAAAAAAAAAAAUCAAAAAUGUUGGAUUUCCUUUCUUGUUUUCUUUUGUUUUCCUAUGGUGAUUAGGAAUUUGCCUGUUGACGAUAUAAGCAGCUGAUGGCAACAGUCAAUGGUAGAAUGAUACUCUGGCUCUCUCCCUCUCUCUUUAGAGCUCUGAAUUAUUAUUAAAUCUGUUGUAAAAUGGUCUUCUCCAAAAAUACCAAUAAAAAUAUUACAUAAGUCAGA